AUGCAACGAAAAUUUCCAAGGCUUUAUGGCAGCCGUGCCAUCGACGCACCUUAUCGAAGAUUAGAGGUUCUGCUUAUUAGUAGCACCUCCCACAACCUGGCCAUGCACUCAGAGGAAGUCAAAGCAGCUAUCUGCAGCCCGCCAUGUACUUGUGCCGAUUGUGAACAAGGCUACUAUACAUGCGAAGAGCAAAUGCAUCCUGGCUGGUUUUAUCGACGCUCACUUUCCAGCGAUGAAGCCAAACAAAUUGCUGCUUCAUACAUCAACGUUAUACAACGAGAUCGCGAAUAUUUAAUGGAUAGCCUCGCGAAGUAUGGGAAUAUCAUUGUUAGUCGAUGGAAGAAGAAGAGUCAAGACAAACGUCAGGCGCUGCUACUUGAAGCCAUUCCAAAUUUGUGCAAGAAGAGGUGGAUCAUCCCACGUCAUGGUUUCACCCCUGAAGGCAAAGAGAUCCCGCCCAUUAAUAGCGAUGGUCAAAUGGAACUGCGCUCUCUCGAAACUCGCAAUCACCUCCUCCUAAAUUGGUUGGAUUUAGAAGUCCUCAAAACUAACCCCGCUGUUCUUUUUGCCUUGCUGCAUAAUCGAACGGCGUAUGCUCCUCAGGACUGGGCUUCGUUCGAUUCACGACAAAUAUAUAGUCCUUUUCUGUGUCCACACUUCGACGUUGACUUUUCUGCCAAAUGUAUUGCGAUGUAUGGUCUCAGAAUCCUUCAAGCCAUCGAAUCAUGCUGGAGGUGGGGCUGGGUAAAGAAUGAAUGCGAACGUGUCAAAUCAAUUCAUGAUCGAUUUCGAGACAAUAUUGCACAAGGCGAAGAUCUUCCGUCAAGAUAUGACAAAGCGUUGAGCGCAUUGGAACUCUUGGUGGUGAAUGACGUUAACCGUCGUGGCGCUCUUCUUGGAAGCACAACCCCACAACAGCCUGGAUUCUCUCAUCGUUAUCUAGCAAAAAGAGAGGCCCAAAAGCAAGGACCUGAUAUCAUCGAGUGGCGACGGAAAGAUGGCCUACUUUCAGAUGCAAAACAUAUGUUCGAAAACGAUCCUUUAGAUUAUUGUCUAUUUCAACUGCAAGCCAGACCGGACAUUCAACAAAAGCAAAACACAUGGCCAAAAGAAGUAUCCAUAGAUCAUGCAUUGUUAUUUUCGAUUUUAGAGGAUCACCUGGCUAAAAGCAAUAUCAAAGAAAAGUCUCGCCUAGACGAGGUCUUAUCAAAUCUCCUCUCAGAUCUAGCAACUUCUCAUGAAAUGUUGGCUGCCAUUCGUUUACAUCGACCCCUAAGUAGACCUAGAACUUUGGAUGAGGUGCUACAGUCAGAAAGCGAAAAACUUGGAGGGCCUUUAAUGAAAGCACUGGAAGCAUUCUGGCAGGGCAUCAGGAAGGACAGUUUGAUGGUUUGGAAACAGAAUGGUUUUACCGAAGACGAGGCAAUUGAAGAGAUUGAGUAUAUCAGUGCCACCACUACUCAAGAAUACCUAAGUGCCACCCAGGCCGAGUAA